AUGAAGCACUACGGAAUGAAUCACGAUCCAUCAGUCUUUCGUCCUCCAGCCGCUAUUAUCCCACUUGGAACAGGAAAUGAUAUGUCUAGAGUCUUAAAUUGGGGUCCAUACUUCACCAACUCAGACUUAAAGAGAAUUGGAAAGAAAAUCAAUGAUAUCAGAUUUGCCAUCCAAAGCAAGAACCACGAUGUCUGGAAAGUUUCUGAGCUGCCAGAAGGUGAAACCGAGCCAAAAGUUCACAUGAUGACUAACUACUGUUCAUUUGGCACAGAUGCAAAAAUUGCACGUGAUUUUGAAGAUUAUCGAACAGAUCAUCCAGGUUGUUUCUGCUGCAGAUGCAUGUCAAAGACUAUCUAUGGUCCAAUCGCCUUCAAAUCAAUGUGUGGACAACCAAAUCUGAAAGAGUACACAGAAGCCAAAUGGUCAUUCGAAAACAACGAAUCUGACCUUAAACCGAAGUCUAAAUCCAAAGUUCUUUGCCUUCAGCAGAUUCCAAGUAUGUAUUCAGGAAUGGAUACUUGGCAUUUCCCAGAACCCCGCAGUGUAGAUGAUGGAAAGUUCGAAGUCACUGAAAUGGGCGGUUUCGGUUCCCUUUUGAAGGUUCAAUUAGGAAUGCACCCAACAAAGAAGAUUGGACAAGCAGACCACCUUGAAUUGACUACUACUGAAAGAAUGUUCUACCAGGUUGAUGGCGAAGGUUACUGCGCUGAAAAACCUGCUAAAUUUACGGUCGAAAAAUACGGAACUUAUCCUCUCUUAUAUUUUGUUUGA